AUUCUAUUCGACCAUUAUGUUACCCCUUACUGUCCCGCGACUCGCCAUGAUGUAUAAAUGAAGACGUGCUGUACCACGCUAAAGACGUCCUCAACUUUCACAAACCAUCACCGCGCAAGCAAACAAAAGAAAACAGCAGCAAACAUGUUAUCCGCAGUAGAGAAACCCCUGGUCGUGGCAGUAGGCUACCCAGCAGACGGCCACGCCGGCCCUAUCAUUCGCGCCCUCUCCUACCUCACCGCCCGCGGGUUCAAAGCAUGGAUCGUCACCGGCGACCAGUACAAGGACCAAGCCAUGUCGGCUGGCGUCGAGCGCUUCUUUACCCAUCCGAGCCCGUUCCUCAUGCACCAGAACAUCAUGGAAGGGAUCGAAGACGUGGCUCCCGGCUUGCAUCAAUUCGACUUUGAGCUGCAGAGGGUCUUUAUUCGCGACAUGCCAUCAUACUUCGAAGCGGUCCGCGGCGCGCUCGAGGCGGCCAGGACGGAGUACCCCGGAAAGAAGAUUGUGGUGAUGCAGGACAUGUGCAUCACCGGUACGGCUCCGUUCUUGUACGGCGCGCCGCCGCCGAAGGGGUUCGAGGAGGACGGCUUCCCGCGCGUGCUUACCGUCAACGCCUCGAUGAACUUCCACUCCGGUCCCGAAGUCCCCCCACUCUUCUCCCGCGUCGACCCGGGUGACAUCUCCGAGGAAGAGAUGCGCAAGCUGUACGACGCGUUUUCGGAGGCAAUGCAGAGCUCCAAGGAUUUGUUCAACAAGCUCGUGGCCGAGCUGGGUGCCACUGGCCAGAUGACAGGCUUGAUAACCGACGCGUUCCUGGACAAGCCGGACAUAAGUGUGCAGCUUUGCAGCCCCGCCCUGGACUACCACCGGAACGAGCUGCCGCCAAACUACAGGUUCGUGGGCGGGCUGCCGAUGCCGCCGCCCAAGGGUGGGGUGUUGCCCCAGUGGCUGCAGAGCUUUUUGGACGACAAGGCCGGCAGGAAGCUGGUGUUCGUGACGCAGGGGACGAUAGACACUGACUACACGGAACUGCUGAUCCCGACGCUGCAGGUUCUUAGCGGCAGGGAGGAUGUGUUCGUCGUCGGCGUGCUCGGGGUCAAAGACGCCAAGCUUCCCGAAGAGGUCGAGGCAGGCCUGGACGGAAACGUCAAGGUGUUGGAUUACUUCCCCUACACCGAGAUAUUGCCGCACACGGACGUCUUUAUCACCAAUGGCGGUUACGGUGGCUUCAUGCAGGGCGUAAUGAAUGCCGCGCCCAUGGUGAUUGGGGGCGAAGCCAAGGAUAAGGGUGAGGUUGCCGUCCGUAUGGAAUUAGCGGGCUUGGGUGUCAACCUUAAAACGGCUAGGCCAGCAAAAGAGGAUCUGGUCGCUGCGAUUGACAAGGUUCUUUCAAACCCGAAUUACAAGAAGAGAGCAUUGGAGCUCAAGAAGGAGAACGAAGAUAUGGACGCGAUCCGCGGCAUUGAAGAGGCCCUUUUGGAACUUGCGACGUGAUGGAAGGGCAGGGCUAAAUGGUGCCUCAUCAGGAUCUUGUUGCUAUUUCAAACCCUUCUUUUACUGCUUUUACCUAUAUAAACUUCUCGAUGCCUGUGUAUACACCCUAUACACAAGCAUAACUAAUUAUAGCACUGC